GAACCCUGCAGCCGGCGUAGCUCUCCUGUCCGUCGGCAAUACAGGCACCAAAGCAAAAAAGCCUCGUUUUCAUCACGGAAUUGGUCAGCAUCAGCAAUGAAUGGAUUUAGCACAGGAGAUGAGGACUCUCGGGACUCCCGUGCUUCCCAUGGCCAGGUGUGCUGCCUGAAGGAUGAGGUUGGCCGAUGUUCACGGCCAGCUGGCAAUGCCUCCUACAACAAACGCAUACAGAAGAUUGUCACCCAGCGGAAGCUGAUGCUGUUCAUGGAUACAGAGGCACAGCACAUCUACAUCUGCGAUCAGCACAAGAACAUGAUACAGUCGGCGCGUUCGCGGCGACGGCGGCGGGACUCGGACGAGCCGGACGACGAGGCUGAGCAGCCCGAGAUCGACCUUUUCAACCUGCAGAUCAACACGCUGCGGCGCUACAAACGCUACUUCAAGCUGGCCUCACGGCCGGGGCUGAACAAGGCACAGCUGGCAGAGAUCCUGAUGAAACACUUCCGCACUUUGCCCGUGGUGGAGAAGGACAUCUUGACCUACUUUAUCUAUACGGUCAAGACUAACCGCAAUCGGUUGCACCAGAAGCCGUCGACGUCGGCGGAGCCGAGCUAGGGCGACCGGCGGGCGCGGUUGUGUGAUAGCAGGGUUGCCAGCGGACCGGGCCGGGUCAGCGUGCGCCGCCAGCGGGACCGGGCACCAGGCCGGCGGGCCCAGGCCGGACGGAGCACAGCCGGUGACUGGAAUAUUUUAUGACUCGAUCAAUGCAUCAGUCAUGUUGGUGCGCCCUGUGUUAGUCGGAGUGCUGCUCGCUAUCUUCGCCUCCCGGGCACCUGCCUCGGGCUGAUGGCGAUGUCAGAGCGGUGCCUCUCCCAGCAGCCUUUCGAUGUCACGUUCCGAUGCACGUCAGCGCUGUCGCGUUGUGCAGGGGCCAAACAGAAAGUACUCCGUGCUUUGCGUCGUAGAUCAUGCGAUGCAUCUGUGGCCUCCCACAGCAUGUAAAACAUUGAUCGUAUUCCCUUUCUUUCUUCCUUUUAUGACGUAACCGGCGCAUAGUAGACCGACACCUGUCUGCUCAAUGUUCGCAUAUUUUAGAUGCCAUUCUUUCCUCAAAGUAGCGGUGCAACUGUAAGGUUUUGUUUCUGAAGGAAUCAUAGGAAAUUCGUUUGCAGUCCAUGGAACGAACGGAAGAUGACAGAACUGAAAUGUAUUUCAAGCAAAAAACGCGUUUUUUAAAAACAUUAUUCCGAAUGGUUUGUAUGGGUGACUUCGAAUUCAGGGUACCUGCUAAGCAUAGCUUGUUGCGUGUACCCCGAACCCACCACCCAAGCGUACCGUCCAGUUAAACAGCUAAUUUUGCCUCCGCCCUUUCGCCAGACAGGAAUGCGGAGGGUUUUACGUGCCGCACAACGCUGCGACACGGCCGCCUCGGGUCUGGGUUGAACCUCGUUGGCCAGUUGCCAGCUGGCCUUUCCAUUUCGGUCGGGUCAAACAAUGCGCCCACUCUGGGACUCGUACCCAGUGCCGCUGGAUUACGAGUCCAGCAUCUUUCCCCAAGACCACGGAGGCGGCGUUAAGAUUGAUUUUGCCAAGUCUCCGUGAAAUUCGUUUUCAGACCCAGCGAAGAGUAUUGAAGCGGUAGGCGCGCUAGUUUGGUGCCUCGUGGCUCAUGCACAAUGGCAAACACAGCCGUCGGCCACUGAUCUUCAGAGUCCAGUCGGCAUUUAUUUCGUUGGCCGUAUACUGUUCUGUGUGGCCCUUGUAUGUGCUCUGUGUGCGACCGGUCGUUGCGGUGCUCCCCAGUGCGGAGAAUUCACUUCUAUCUGCAAUCAUGGAUGACUUAGGGUGGCCUUUGGGUGCG